GUAUUAAAUGAAGAAAAGUUCGAUCUGAAAUCUGUUUGAUCUCGCAGAUUUUCUUCAGUUAACAUAUACAUCGUCUAAUGCGUAGAAUAAGGCCCCGGUACCAUCUUCAGUGGAGGGAAAUGUAAAAUAGAUCGAAAUAUAGUAUUUCAAAUUACUUCCACUGGCGCUGUUCACGUUCUCUUGGCUUUCUUUCUUGGUAGGGAGUCGUUUGAACUCUCGAUUUUAAAUGAACUAUUGCCUCUUUUGAAGUGUUCUUCGCGUGGUUUACGUAUUGCAACUACCGAUUCAGUAAUUAUGGGUGGUGAGGAAGGGCUUGGAGUGACUACGGGUCAACCAAAUCUUUAUAAACAAGACCUUUCAAAACUAGAUGUCAGUAAAUUAACCACAUUAUCUCGUGAAGUAAUUAGUAGACAAGCAACAAUCAAUAUUGGUACUAUUGGACAUGUAGCUCAUGGAAAAUCUACCAUUGUGAAAGCUAUAUCAGGAGUACAAACUGUUCGUUUUAAAAAUGAAUUAGAGAGAAAUAUUACAAUUAAACUUGACGCUCGUGCAAGGGACAAUACCAGAGGGGAACAAGAAGACUCUCUUGGCAGUACCAGCAAAAUGCCUUCUACACGAGCAAAAAGAUCAGCUUCUCCAGAGAAUAUUCAACCAACUACCAAACAACAGAAGAUCGAACAAGAAUUGAUUUUUAAUCAAGAAAGAAAUGAUAACUGUGAUCUAUCGACGAACAGUGAAUCAACCGAUAGUGAUAUCUCUUUAACGCCAGAAAUAACGAAAAACAACUCAAGCGAAAAUAGUUACAUCAAAAAUCAGGAUUCUAGCGUAAAAAAUAUAAGACUGAGUAAAUUAAAUAAUAAUACUAAUAUUGAUGGACAUAAAAUGAAAUAUGAUUUAAAAAACAUUCAAUUUAAAGAACUAAAAAUUGUGUUAGAAGAUAUAAAAUACAAAAGUAAAGAUAAAAUAAAAUCUAUGAUUCCAAAAGGUGAACUUUGGGAAGUAGAACAAAUUCUUGGAAAACGAGAGCGACAUGGCAUGUUACUUUAUCUAAUUAAAUGGAAAAAUUGGGAUCAAAAAUAUAACAGUUGGGAACCAGCGUCGAAUUUAGUAAAUUGCCCAGAUGUACUGCAACAAUUUGAGAAAUAUAGGUCAGACUUGCUCAAUACAUUUCAACAGAAAACCAAAUUUUAUCCCAACCAACAAGACAUAGAAACAUUUUUUAAUGGUCUUAAGCGUAACGGUAAAACAUUAAGAUCUAUUUGUGUAGAAGUAGAUGAUAUGUUCUAUAACAUCCAAAUUUUUUUGAAGAAAAAGCAUGACAGAGAUCAUAAAAUGGAAAGUAAUAUAAAGCAUGACAUUCUUCUUAUGUUACUUGGUGACUUAAGGAAAGCUCAACUGCAGUCAUUGAAAGAUUGGGAAAAUGAAAUGAACAGUAUCACCAAAGGGAGACCGUUAAUACAAGUAGAAAAUUUAGUGGACUUGGAGGGACCGCCUCAAGAUUUUUAUUAUAUAGAUGAUUAUUUGCCAGGUGCUGGGGUAAUAAUACCUGAUGAUCCACCUAUUGGUUGCGAAUGCAAAGUUUGUGAUACUCGAUCACAAUGUUGCUUUACGCAACAUGGUAAAAUCUGUCCCUAUACUACAAAUUGUAAAAUCAGAGUACCUCCUGGAACCCCUAUAUACGAGUGUAACAAACGAUGUAACUGUGAUAUAAAUUGCAAAAAUCGAGUGGUACAACGUGGUACGAGCAUGCACUUCUGCAUUUUUAGAACUGCCAAUGGACGAGGAUGGGGCGUAAAAACUUUGAAAUUGAUCAGAAGGGGUGCUUUUGUGACACAAUACGUCGGUGAAGUGAUUACAAGCGAAGAAGCUGAGAAGCGCGGAAAAAAUUAUGAUGCCGCUGGUAAAACGUAUCUUUUUGAUCUUGAUUAUAAUGAGACUGAAGAACAGUGUCCAUACACUGUUGACGCUGCCAUGUAUGGUAAUGUUUCUCAUUUCAUUAACCAUUCCUGCGAUCCAAAUUUAGCAGUUUAUGGCAUAUGGAUUAACUGCCUUGAUCCAAACCUCCCUAAGCUUGCCUUAUUCGCGACAAGAGAUAUUAAAAAAGAUGAGGAGAUUACUUUUGAUUAUACGUGCCAAUCGUCAAAGAUCGGUGAAAACUCUAUAAUACAAAAUAUGUCAAUAAAGCAGAAUGUAAAUGCAGAAUUUUCUCAGGACUUUGUAAUACAUCCAGAGACACCAGAGUCUGAUUUGUUAAAUAAAAAAACAUUGUGUAAAUGUGGAGCUGAAAGUUGCAGACGAUAUUUAUUUUAAAUUAUAUCCUGCAAAUUUAUUAUAUUACUGCUAAAACAAAUUGGCUAUUUGACCUUCAUUGUUUUAGUUAUUCUACAGCAGACUGUGUGUGCAGAAUUAAAUAUGAAAAUUACGAAUCACGCCUUAUUGCGCAUACCAUUACAUAGUUGUCUUUUCAUGAAUGUUAUACUCAGGUAUUAAUUUAUAUAUGAUAUAACUGUUAUAUAAAUUGAUACAAUAAUAUUUGUGAUUAUAGGAACUAUUAUCGAACAAAUGUAUUUACUAGAAAUUAUUCUGUUUACAAUGAUACAUAGUUAUAAGGCCACUCUUUUAAAUACUUUUACUCGUAUAUUAUUCUUUUAAAGCGUAUGAAUUUAUCAUUCGAAUUUUUGUUUAAUUGACAACAAUUACAUUGAAAAUGUCGCGUAUGAAAUACAUUUUGUGAUUCUACAUAGUUUAUUUGACUUUUAUUAUGAUCUUAAUGCCAUAAUAUGUUCACUUCAAAAGAGAAUUACUCACUUAUUGUUAAGUAAUUAACUUAAGCAUUUAGGUAAUUAUUGUGAUGUUUACACAUCGUAAAAAUGUCUACACAAAACUUAUUGUUCGUGUCAAAAGACGAUUAUAUAGUAACAGUUGUAGUAAAAAUGUUAUUUUCGUUAUGCUAAUGUAACAUUACCAAUUAAAGAAAUAUAGGAUAAUUUUAAUAAAACAAGU